GAGUGAGCCACUUACGCUAUCGAUGUACUGAAAAUGCGGUGUUUCAUCACAUACUUUAAACUACAAGCGAAAACCGUCUGUCUUACUAUAAACAGUGAACAUCCGGCCUGAUAGUCCAAGGCGGCAUUCAACCCUGAACUUUACGGAUGACUGAGACUGACUGAAAACCUCAUGUGAAAGGACCUGCUGUGAUGUCUCCACUGCAAACCACACGACAAUUCUCGCAACAAUCUCUACCACUGCGGGGCAUCACACGCUGCCUGUCUCUCGCCAUACGCCAUUACCUGCCACCCCCGAAGUGCUAAGUGGGUGAUGGCCAUCUUCAAAGAGGUGGACUGAGGGAAUAACCAUUGUAAUAUCGAACGAGAACACUGAAAGAAAUAAGCAUAAGAGUACUGAACGACAAUAUCGAACGAGCCUAUCGUAUGAGAGAGAAUCUCGACCGAGAUUAUUUCUUCUGCCAUUCGGUCUUCAGCCAAGUUCCCCGAGUGAGGGUAACUGUCAGUCUUGGUUGGUGAUCGAAAAAUAUACUUUGAACGACCGACAGACGUUGCUUAACUCGGGACUCCUGUUACGGAUGAUUAUUAACCUUUUAUUGAGGAAAGUUUGGCCGAUCCUCAGGUAUAACUUAACCCCGAGAUCUUUUACAAACGGUGGCCAGGCGAUCUGCAAAGGAAAGUUUUAACGACCGUUCUUUUCCUUCUUUUGUAGAGAACGUAGACCCAAGGGAUUCUACGUUUCUUCCCUCCAGACGUCGAAAACGUUGGCCACGGUCUCUUCCUGCAGAUCGAAGUUUUCUUCCUCUAACCGCAUAGUAGAUCGAACUUCUCCAUCCGCAUAGAAGUAGAGCGAAGUUUUGUCCCUUCAGCCGCAUAGACCGUGGAGCGAAGUUAUCUUUCUUCCUCCUCAUAGAACGUCAAGUGAGGAUCUCUCCAUUCAGCGGAGUGAACUUCUCUAGCCUCAUAGAACGUAAAGUAAAUCUUUCUCCCUUCAACCGCGCCCCUCCUCCAGCCGCAUAGAACGUAGACUGAUUUCCCUCCGCGAACAGCAAAGAAAGUAGAACGUGUAGUGAAGUUCUCCCUCUCCCUCCGAAGAGAACACAGAACGAAAUAGGCUUUCUAAAUAUCUUAAACUCCUAAAAUAAAUAAAUAAAUAGAUAAAUAAACUUCCCGAAAAACAACAACAGCAACAGCAAAAACCGCAAAAGGACGAGAACGAAGGAAAAGGAACGGCGAGAUCGUACCGGGGUCGUCGCCUGCCGUUCACGUUUCUCCCAGACGCUGUAAGUGAACGAAACUCUCGGAAAACAGAAGGGAUUAUAAAGGAAAAAAAAUGGAUGAAAAUAAUGGAUUCUAUUGUUCGCCGCCGUAGUGGGAGUGAAGUGAGAAUGCAUAAUUAGAAAAAAAAAAUAUAUAAAAGACGAGAUCAUGUUGCACGCGAAGAAGACAAAAUAAAGUGAAAAAUAGGAAACGAGGAAAAUAAGAAAGAAACGAGAAAUCUGGUUUUGAACCGAAGAACGUUCAGAAGAACAUUAGUGAAGGUGCAGGAGGGAAUAAUGGUGACGCAACCACACACGCUGAAGCUGCUCGCCCUCGCGCUCGCUGUGGCUCUCCUGGCAGGGUGUCCGAGCGCUUGUUCCCGGGCGAGGGCAUCGGGCGGGGCUCCUGAGGGCGGCGGAGGCGGGCCGGGGAGUCGUCAGGAGGAGCUCGAGGAGUACCUGACUUCUGAAAGGGCGGGGAGUAGUCGACAGGCCCUUGGUACUUCCCGUGAGGUGCAGGGGAGCCAGGGCAUAGCAGGGAGGAGGCAGGUACCGGCGCUGCAUGUACCGUCAGCUCGUCAGGUACCGAGUUAUCAGCUCCCCGGUCAGCAGGUCCCGGUCCUGCAAGGGGCAAGGCGACCAGGAGGGCGCCAUCGUGUAGCAAAUCCAGUGCCAGGGCACCAGGUAUCGAGUCUUCAGGUACCAAACCACCAGAUCGCAACUCGCCAAAUACCCAGCUACCAGGUACCGGGUCGUCGCCAGGUCUACCCAGCUGCCACGCCCCCGAGUCCCCACAGGAGGACGCGGAGGGGGAACCACCUGCAGUUCUACGGCCUCGAGGUCCCCGUCUACAAGUUCCGAGGGGAGGACGCCCGCCUCAAGUGCAACUACGACAGGAGGAGUGACCCGCUAUACAGCGUCAAGUGGUACAAGGACGACCACGAGUUCUUCAGCUUCAUGGCCAAACGGAAUCCUCCAAAGAAGACGUUUCCUCGCGCUGGCGUCGACGUGGAUAAGGUGAAGAAAACAAGGAAGGUUUCAUUGUGA